CGUACAAAGGGCGAGGCCUCUGCGUCAUUCAAAGAGACGACCACUUCUAAAGUCGAAGUAAAAAAAGACUUGAAAACUAGAGAUUUUAGUUCAUCAUGAGUGACGAGAAGCCAGAGAUUCAGCUCUUCAUCAAGUCCUCUACCAUUGAUAGAGAACAGAAGGGCUCGUGUCCAUUAUGUCAGCAAUGGUUUAUGGCUGCCUGCAUCUUAACAGAGCAAGGUAUCCUCAGCUUCCAUGUCACCAUCGUGGAUGCAGAAAGUCCUCCCAAGGAAUUCAAAGAUUUAUCACAAAGUAAAAUCUUCCCAGUGGUCAAAGGAAUACGAGGCCUUGACAAGAGGGGACAGGACAUUGGUGAUAAGUUGGCUGACGAUCAUGAGAGACUGGAGGAAUUUUUCGAGUCAUUCGGGUGCCCAGACUUGAAGAGAGAUGGUGCAGUACAGAAACAUUUUGAUGAUUUGUACAAGACGUUCAACUUGUACCUGGUGAGUGGUACAGAACAAGCUCGCCAGAGGCUGAUUCAUCACCUGGAGAAGCUGAACGGCUUCUUAGAGGGCGAGGACCAGAUCUAUGUGAUCAAGGACAGCAUAACGUACGGGGACUGUUACCUCAUGCCACGCCUACACCACAUCAAGGUGGCAGCCAGGGAAUACAGUGACUUUGAAAUUCCACAAGAGCUCUUUUAUGUCUGGCGAUAUCUGUAUGAGGCUUACAGGACAGAUGCUUUCCAAAAAACCUGCCCAACUGAUCAGGACAUCAUUAAGCAUUAUGAGAUGAAGACCAAAGUUUUCAAACCCAGGAAAGGUGUUCCAAGCCUUCAGAAGUCCACGUACUCCUUCGACAUACCAGAAUCCAUUCUGGAGACUUUGGAGAACCAGCCACCAAGAGGAGGGGAUGGGGGUGAAGACGGGGGAGUGUACGAGGAUUACACUGCUGCCAACAUGGCGGCAUCACGCCAUGUAGAGGAGCAUGAUGGUGAUCAUGUGUACAACGAUGCAACUGACGACCACACAGCAGGCAGCAAUGCAGCCAACAACAGCUUCCAGGAUGAGACACCUGAAGAGGCCAUCUAUGAUGACCCAGAUUUGCCUCCACCCCCUGAAGCCCCGGUCACAGAUUCAGCUACCAACGGGACUCCAGAUCGUGUCCCCAGCCCGGAGCCACUGAGGUCUGCCAGCCCAGAACCCAUUCAGGCAGCCAGCCCUGCAAGAUCUGGCAGUCCCGCGGAGGCAGGGCCUGCUACUGAACCUCUGUACACCCCGCCCAGCCCAGAACCCACCUAUGAGAAUACGGAACCCACCUACGAGAACCCUGAGGAACACAACCUGCCUGAUCUUCCACCACCACCAGUUGACGAGGAGAAUGAAUACAUCAUAGCAGAUAGGGAGUCCUCAGUGGAGGGCAGUGGAACACCUGAGCCAGACUAUGAUCCUGCAAUGGGGGCCAGUGAAGGUAAAACAUCUGCUGAAGAUGAGGAUGAAGUGCCAGCACCCGACUACGACAGGCCCAGCACACCAGAGCCAAGCUCGACACCAACCCCAGACUAUGAUGCCGUACCCACGCCCACGCCCACACCCACACCCGACUAUGACAAAACACCCGAUGAUGACAAGACACCUGCCAAUGAGACUGAGCCCAAAACAACAUCCCCAGAACACAAUGAUUCGCUCACAUAUGAAAACGUAGAUACUACGAUUCCCCAGCCAUCAGCGAAUACUAAGUCAGUAGAAUUCACAAUUUCGGAUAAAAAUGAAGAUGCUGAGGCAGUGGAAGUGAAAGUUAAUGGAACAGAUGAAAAUAAUGUCACAAAUGGACAUAAGUAGUCGGAUAAAAGUGGCUGCUUCUUUGUAAUGAAAAUCUUCCACAAUUCAGUCUCCCCUAUAUUCUGCAUACAGUAAACCCCUUAAUAUACUACAUGCUUGGAUUAUCAUAUGCAGACUUUGAUUUGAUAUUAACUACCUUCAAAUGACGGUUGGCUACCCAAAGUCCUGAGGUGUUGUCCAUUGAUGCUUCAGCCCAGCGAACAAUUAUGGUAUUUUCAAACAAAACAAAGAACAUGCUUCUUGUAAAACUUUCAGGUAGUGUUGAAGGUUUUUUUGUAACGGUCAUUAAAAACAGUAUAUUUUAAUGGUAGUAAAUCACCAAUAAUUUCAUGAAACCUUUCACCAGCUACUGUAACUUUGUACAGCGCUGAGCAGGGAAAUUAGAUGGUGAAAAAUACCAUAACAUUAAAGGUAGUUUACUGUCCUUCAUACAUUGAUUGGCAGGAGACAGUUGUGUAAUAAACAGGAAAGUUUUGAAUUGUUGAACCUGACCCUUUUUAUCUGUUGUGUUAUGAAUGUGUCUUUUCACAAGACUUUGCGUCUCAAUUUAUAUAUUUAACAAAUUAGAAGACAGCCCUUAGAUUUGCAGGGUUGGCAGCUUGUGAGAUAUAAUUUAAGACAUGUACAAUUGUUAGUGCAUAAGCUCCAGUGUGAUAUUGUUGUACUCUAAAUAAGCUAACUGCUUAAUAGUGCAUUAGUCACUCAAUGUACAGAAAUACUGCUGAGCUCUUUACAUUUACCAGUGAUACAAAUUGCAUCACUAAAAUGGUUGGUUUCACCAUGUGUACGUCUAUUUUCAUUAUAGAUUCAUUGCAGUGAGAAGCAGUUUUGUUUACUAGUUAAUUCUACCCCUAUUAAACAAAAAUGUUUUUAGAAGCGGAAUAGUGCUAGCCUUUUAUAUAGCCCACAGUUGAGUGGAUAUUUCUGAGCAUUAAAGGAAAGAAAACAGAAUAAAAGAAUACAUUAAUAUGUGGACUGGACAUUACCAUAAAUCUUGAGUGCUAGAUAUAUUUAGUAUCUAUAUAUACGAGAUAUUACUAAUCGUUAAUUAUUAAUAGCUUGUGAAAUGGAUCAUGAGACCAAAAUGGGUUGGUUAGACGAAUAUUAGAUCAAAUUUUGUCUAAAAUUGAUAAGGGUUUUGGUUAUGAUUUCUGUGCUUAGUGAAUAAGCAUUGUAUCAGUGUUUGAUUAGGGCUUUUAUCAUCAUGAAUACAUGGCUAGGUUGUUGUGUGUAAGCAGACAAAUGUAAAAAUAUUAUUAUAUUGUUGUUGUCAUUUUUGUCAAUUUUUCUCAAGUGCUUGUAAACAAAGUCUAAAAAACUGUUCAGCUAACAGAGAAUAGUAUGGUGUACUCUCUUUUGAGUGUAACACCUGAUAGAAUUACAUGCACAUUUCUUUCGAUUUUUAUUUCGCUAAUUGCCUUGUAUAAUUUAAUAUUGUCAGAUUUUGUCAGUAAUCAAUCACAUUUCCUUUCAUUUCAGUUUUUAAUCCAGUUACUAAGUUAAUGAAUUACAAGCAACAUAGUCAAAAAUUGAUUCCCAUCAAAUGGAGAGAAGUUCACGUUUAUAAAUAAAAUACCCAGGUAUGGAAAGCAACAUUAGUGAUAUGUACAUAUUGCAACAGUCAUACAAUGGAUGGUUUGGUGCAUGUAUGUGCUUCUUAAAUAGGGUCUGUAGUUAAGAAAUACAUCUUUUAUUUUGUAGUGUGUUACAUUGAAUUGUAUGCAUCUUGAUAUAGGGAAAAAACUGAAGACAAGAUGUUGGAUAAAUUGAACUUGAUGGGCUGAACAUCUGAGUUUUGUUGAUUUUUCUAAGUUGGGUUUGAAUUAAAUGUAACAAAAGAAAUGUAUCUGUCAAUCAUAUUACUUAUUCAAAAGAUAAAUUCUGUAAUUAUGAUUCAAAUGAUCUACACAGCAUUUCGAUGGGACCUCGUGUGUAUGAAAAAUAAAAAUGAUUUUAGGACACUACCUGUACCUAAACAGCCUUGAUCUGUCAUGCUCAGUGGUUGAGCUAUUAAAUUUUGUAGUUUUUGUAAACAGUAAAUUGUGAGACUAGUGAGCUGUUCUGGUUGUGAUCAUAUAUGCUGUAUAUAGAUGUGUGUACACUGUAGCUCUUGUGAUAUUCUGAUAUAAAGUGGGGAAGGAAAUAACAUUGUACUGAGUUUCUUUGUUAAACACAACU